AUGUUUAAUUCAAUUAGAUUAUACUCAAGGAUAGGCGCAAAAAAAUAUAAAAAAUUACCGCCUGUAAGGAUGAAAAAGCCGAAAAAAAAUGAAGGACAACCAUUACCAAUUUUCGAUUAUGGAACAAGCUCAAAGGACCACCGUAUCUACGUCUGGGGACUAGCAAAUCACGGUGGCCUUGGAACAGCUGGAAGAACUCGACGAAAGGACGGUUACAAUUUCAUAGCGAAGCCUAGUCGUUUAUUCUUUGGAGAACACCACCAAGUAACUGACAUAGCAUGUGGUUACGGGUUCACUUUACUCGGAGUUAAUUCUAAAGACAAGAACAUUGUCUACGGAAACGGUAUCAACACCGACUCGCAAUUAGGCUUCGAUGCUAAUGAUUUCAAGCACAAAGUCACCGGCCAAACUGGGCAACUGCCGCUAGCCCGUCCAAUUCCGCUACCUUUGAAAGAAAACUCCAGCAAAGUUCUGGGACUAGCUGCUGGCAGAGCUCAUUCCUUGAUACUUACCUCAGAAGGAGUCUUUACGCUGGGUAACAAUGCGUAUGGACAGUGUGGGAGGUCUAUUAUUGAAGAGGAGAACCAUUUCGAGAGCCAUGUCAUCUUUCAUAUUCCAGAGAUCAACGGCCAGAAAAUUGCUGCUGUCAGUGCUGGGCAAGAUCACAGUAUUUUUUUAACUGAACAAGGACAGGUUUACGCUUGUGGCUGGGGAGCUGAUGGACAAACUGGUCUAGGGCAUUAUAAUAAUCAGUGGAAGCCUGAGUUAGUUAAAGGCGAAGUGGAAGGUGAAAAAAUAAUAAAAGUCGCUGGAAUUUCUGACUGCGUACUUGCUCUUAGUGAAAGUGGUAAAGUUUACGGUUGGGGUAAUUCAGAGUACGGACAAUUACCAGUACAAACUGACAAUUACCAAGUAAACACCGCAAUCGAGCUAUCUGACUUCUCUGAAUUCGGACAUGUCGUUGAUGUCGCUGCUGGUGGGAGCUUUUGCAUGGCCUUAACAGAAACUGGAGAUGUUUACACCUGGGGCUACGGUAUCCUGGGAUUUGGUCCCCGAGUUACAAAAGUCCAGAUGCCAACUCAGAUUCCCAACACUCUUUUUGGCCGGAAUCCAUACCAGCCAGAUAUAAAAGUUGAGAAAAUCUACUGCGGGAUAAAUUACAUGUGUGCAGUAACGAACCAAGGCGAACUUUACACCUGGGGGCGCAAUGCCUACGGAUAUCUGGGUCUUGGGCACUGCAAAGACCAAUUUUUCCCUCUGAAAGUGGCCAUGGGUGCCAAAGUUGAGAAAGUUGCUUGCGGAGUCGACCACACAGUCGCUUUAUGCCGCGCAUUUAUUUAA